GGUUUGGGGGAUGGGAUAAGUCCCAGUCUGCAGCUGCUGAUUAUUUUGCAUGGAUGGCUGUAGAGAAAAGGGUGUUGUACUGAAAGAGGUUGCUGGUUCUGGAUAAAGUUUCAUCUUCAUCAACUGUAAGAAAUAAAAUAAAGUACAUUUCAAAAACUGGAAGAUAACAUAACUUCUACAGCAUCUGGACAUGAGCCAAGCAAAAAACACUCCUUGUACCUCAGGGAUUGGUGUAGAGAAUAAGCUCAACAUUUUGGCACAAGAAACAGCUAUUCAAAAUGGAAGUAAAAAUCACCCAACAUCCACAAAAAGUCAAGUUCCAAAUAAUCAUGAACAGAUUUUUCUAAAGAUGGAUGCAUUAAGCUCAGAAUGCACACAACAUGUAACAGCUAUGCAGUCAAAUUCUGACGAAAACCCAUUUAUAGAAGAGCAGAAAUCAAAUAAUGCCGCCAAACAUCAAUUGAUGAUAACUGAACAAGAAAAUGAGGCACAGCGUGUGAAAAGAAUGCCUGGGCAGUUGAGUAAAGAUCAUGCCACAGACACACCAACAAUCACAGGCUCAAAGAAUGCUGCUAAUCUCACACCUGAGGUUGCAGCAAUAGCAGAAGCAAGCAUGAAAUGUCCUGAUGACAAAAUUGCCGAGCAAGUGACUGGUUUAUUGGCAAAUGGAAUCAACUGUGAAUUAAAAGUUGGGGAAGAUACCAAUAAAAGCUCAGAAAACAUUAUACUCAUGCAGCUGGCUGAGAAAAAAGACAUCACUAGUUUUUUGGAGCACAACACAGCAUGUGGCAAGGAUACGCAGAUGAAACACUCUGCAGAAGAGAUGCAGAAAAGGCUGAUAGCUGGAGAGACAAUGGCUAAUGGUGCAACCGUUGAAAAAGAGCAAGUCCAAGUGAAGGACAGUCGAGAUGGAUUCAGCUCUACAUUUGAAAGAAUUGUGGAAUCUGACCUUAUGAAGGGCACUUCAUACAGUAGCCUGGAUUCUUUGGAUGUGUUGUCACUGACUGAUGAAACAGAUAGCUGUAUCAGUUUUGAAGCCCCACUCACACCUCUAAUUCAACAACGUAUUAAAGAAACCCCAGAACUACUACAGCAGAAAUUGGUUCAGGUUGCUGAACAGCGAGAGAUCCUGGAGGCUGGAGUUAGCAAUGACCAGGAACAUCAGUCUAGGAUGAAUGAGGGAAGUGUUGAAAGUCCACUGAGACACUCACUCACCAGCAGCAGGUCUGAGAAUGUCCUUAGUAGGUCCUCUCUGAAGUCAAUGCCAAAUGGUUUGCACAAUGAGAGAGAUGAACUAGAAGAUGACAUCACCAAGAUAGUUAAUUCCAUCAGUGAUGCCAAUUUUAAGGAAGCCCUAUCUGAUUCUGAUUCUGAAAUGGACAGUACGGAUCAGCUUGAACAUGGAAGCACUGACACUUUAGCUAAUGGCUGCAAAACAGAUCUGGAUCCUGCAAAACGACUCGCCAAAAGACUAUACAAUCUCGAAGGGUUUAAAAGAUGUGAUGUGGCACGGCACCUUGGAAAGAACAAUGAUUUCAGCAAGCUGGUGGCUGAAGAAUAUCUUAGUUUCUUUGACUUCACAGAUUUGACUUUGGAUAAAGCAUUGAGGAGAUUUUUGAAAGCUUUUCCACUGAUGGGUGAAACGCAGGAGCGAGAGAGAGUUCUGAUUCAUUUUUCUAAGAGAUACUGUCAAUGCAAUCGCGAUUGUAUCAACUCUGAAGAUGGAGUCCAUACAUUAACUUGUGCACUAAUGCUUUUGAACACAGACCUUCAUGGGCAUAAUAUUGGAAAGAAGAUGUCAUGCCAGCAAUUUAUUUCCAAUCUGGAUGGCCUUAAUGAUGGAAAGGAUUUUCCCAAAGAUUUGUUAAAGGGAUUGUAUAACUCAAUAAAAAAUGAAAAGCUGGAGUGGGCUGUAGAUGAAGAUGAAUUGAGAAAAUCUCUGUCUGAGCUUGUGGAUGAUAAAUGCGAAAGUUGUCCAAAGAAAGUGACCAGAAUCAUUGAUAGCAGUAAUCCCUUCCUCGAUAUCCCUCAGGCACUGAAUGCAGCAACCUACAAACAUGGUGUUCUCAAUCGUAAAACACAUGCAGAUAUGGAUGGGAAGAGAACUCCUAGAGGAAGAAGAGGAUGGAAGAAAUUUUAUGCAGUGCUCAAAGGGACUAUUCUUUAUUUGCAAAAGGAUGAAUAUAAACUAGAUAGAGAUUUGUCUGAAGUGGAUCUGAAAAAUGCUAUUCGCAUACACCAUGCAUUAGCAACCAAGGCUAUUGAUUACAGCAAACGGCCCAAUGUUCUUAAAUUGAAGACAGCAGACUGGAGAGUCUUUCUGUUCCAAGCACCAAGUGAAGAGGAAAUGCAUUCCUGGAUAUUGAGAAUAAACCUGGUAACUGCCAUUUUCUCAGCACCAUCUUUUCCAGCUGCUAUUGGGUCACUAAAAAAGUUCAGCCGGCCUCUUCUUCCUUCUUCUACCACCAAACUCUCCCAGGAGGAGCAGCUGAAGUCUCAUGAGACCAAGUGGAGACAGAUUUCAACUGAAUUAGCAGAACACAGUACUCACCCUCCUGAGAAGAAUGUAAAAUCUAAAGAUGCAGAGGAAUUCAGACUUAAAGAACAUUAUUUGUUAUUUGAGAAAAGCAGAUAUGAAGCAUACAUUAACCUACUGAAGGCAAAACUAAAGGUAGGAACUGAUGAUCUGGAAAAAAUUGAGACAAUUAUUUUCAGCUUUGAAAAUGAUGAAAAUUCCUUGAGGAAGACUCAGUCUAGUCCUUCUCUGAACCAAGGACAUUUUUCUCUAAAUGGCAAAAUGGAAAAGGACAUUUUUGAACAGAAAUGCUAUUCCAAGCAAUGAGGCACAUAGUUAUAUGAAUUUACAAAUUCAAUUACUGUUGUACAGAUUAAAUCACAGACAAGUUCAUAAAGUCAUCACCUUUGAGAUUUAGCAAUGUAUUGAGCACAGUAUUUAUGAUUUACUCGUAAUUUAUUUUUAAGUAAGUGUCAUCUGUCUUUGCCACUGAUAUUCCCUCAAGUUCCCUAAUUCUCUUUUCUGUUCUUAUUUACACAUAAUUUUCUUUUUCAACAUGAAAAAUGCUAUAAAUCUAUCAAAUUAAAAUCUCUUCCUUUGUGCUUCAUUUUAUUUGUACAGAGCCACACCAGUCUCAUUGUUGCAUGUUUUCAUGUUUUCCUUCCUUACUGAACAGUACAUAGACUCAAAAUCCAUCCAAGCUGUUGGUUCAUAUAGUUUUAUUGAUCAAGUUUAUUUAUUUUUCCACAAAACCUUUCUUUGUUAAAUUUAGCAGAUUUUAUUGGUUACUAGUUUGAAUAUCAGUCUCCACUUAUGACAAUUUUAAAAACAAACGGUACCUGCAGUUUUUUUUAAAUAUUUACUGUUACUUUUCAAAAGUAUUUUUUAUUACAGUGAGACAUUAAAUGGCCGACAGUCUUUUGUAGCAUUACUGUCAGCCAUUUUAAAGCUGCACUGUAUUAUAGGGCUUAACAGUUUUAAUGUCCUGAAAAAUCAGGAAAUACUUUUAUAAAAAUGUGUUUUUAAAAUGUUGUUUAUACAUAUCCACAGUGUGUAAUAUAAAUAAAUGUUAAAAUAAGAACUGGGUUCUAGAUUGCUUGUUGUUAUGACUGAUGUUAUCUAUACAUGAUAGUUUGCAUGCUGAUAUUCGUUAAUGUUUAUGAGGAAAGGAAGAGCUAACUUUUCUCACUACUGCUGCAAUUUGUUAUUUUUAAUCUCUCAUAUUCUAUGUCUAAUAUUGCAUAUUAAUAUGUUUAUUUAUUAAAUGCCUGAGCUACUAGGUGCUUAAAUUAUUGAGGAAAGGCAUAAGCUGAAUCAUUAUUAGAUUAUUGUUAAAUUGUACAGAAAUGUUGAUGCCUACGCAAGUAUAAUUUUGUGUAUGGUUUUGUGAACAUUGUUAAAUGCAGUUUUUGGAUAACUAAGUAUACUUCUUGAUUUUUCCUUCUAAGAAGAUGGUUUACUCGGAUGUUGUUUGGAAUAAUAGACCCAAUCAUAAGAAGGUAUAAACUUGCCUCUUUUAAAAACAAAUCCUAAUAUCUGACAUCAAAGAGAAUACUUCAUCCGUAACGAAGCUUCUGCUACAAAUUGAUUUUCUUUAUGUGCAAUAUAAUGUGUGUGAUCGUGGUAUUAAUCAAAUUUGUGCCAGUAUUUUUAUCACAGUAAUAUGGAAAAUAUAGCUUCUCUAGUAUUGGGAUCAUUAUCACCAUAUUAUAUUCACAUUUGUUACAAGAGUACAAAAUAGUAAAAGAUCUUUGUUACAAACAGUACACACACAAAAUAAACAAAAUGAUAUGUAGCUGGAAAAUGAUAUUUGCUUUUUAUUUCAUUUUGUGAAAUGCCUGAUUUUAAGAGACCUGAGAAAUGUUUGGUCAAUUACAUUGAUGGUUGCACAUUAAUGAUCUACUGUAAAUUCUCUUAUCCUUUCCCUAUUCUGGCUCAUUUUAUUCAGACUGACAAAUUAUCUUGUCUUUU